AUGGGCGUUCAGGGCCCCGGCUGCGCUCCGCCUAUGCCCGAGGGAGGCUCAGAGGACCGAGGGCCGCGGUCCGCGUCGGGCCCGAAUCAGACACCUCCGGGGCCACGUGGCCCUGAGCCACGAACGGGAGUUGGCGGGGGGGGGGGGCGCCGACAGUGGGCGGGCCUGGAGAGGCCCAGGGCGGGAGGGCGCCGAGACCUCCGCGCCCCUCACCCCAACCCCAAGCCCAGGCAUGCACGCCCGACCGGCCGCUCGGGGUCCCGGAAACACUCCGGGCCCCCGGGCCGGGCCAGGUUUGCUGGCCAGGGUUACUGGUGUGCGGGGACGGGGAGGCUUCGGCCGGGCUGCCGGCCCUGGCCGGCGCGCCCCGUGGAAAGGUGCGGCCGGCUGGCUCGACACGGCACAUCAGAGUGA